CUCGUCGGUACCGGCCCGCCUGGCAGUGCUGGAUUAGGUGAGAUUUUCGACAAGGAAAACAGAAGGUCCUGACUCUGAAGGCUGAAGCGGUGCCACCCAAACCCUAGCAGCUUCUCAACUGCAGCUUCGAGCUCUGUGAAGACACAUCCUGGCUUUCUGGAAAACUUGGAGUAAAAGUUCCUCGCAAUUUUCGUCUGUUGGAAGAACUUGAAGAAGGUCAGAAAGGAGUAGGUGAUGGAACGGUUAGCUGGGGCCUUGAAGAUGAUGAAGAUAUGACACUUACAAGAUGGACAGGAAUGAUUAUUGGGCCUCCAAGAACAAUUUAUGAAAACAGAAUAUACAGCCUUAAAAUAGAAUGUGGGCCUAAGUAUCCAGAAGCACCUCCAUUUGUAAGAUUUGUAACAAAAAUUAAUAUGAACGGAGUAAAUAGUUCUAAUGGAGUGGUGGACCCCAGAGCCAUAUCAGUCCUAGCAAAAUGGCAGAAUUCUUAUAGUAUCAAAGUUGUUCUGCAAGAGCUUCGGCGUCUAAUGAUGUCUAAAGAAAAUAUGAAACUUCCUCAGCCACCUGAAGGACAAUGUUACAGCAAUUAAUUAAAACAAACAAACAAACAAACCAUGCCCCCCUUAUUCAAUUUAAGCUGUCUUCAUUUUCCACAGUAGUAAAUUUUCUAGAUGCAUCUUGUAGACCUCAAAAUACUGGAAAGGAAGUUCCCAUUCAAAGGAAGUUUUUCUUGAGAUACUGUAAAUGAUACUAAUUUUUUUUCAUUUGAAAUAUAAGUUGUGCUAUAACAAAUAAUCCUGUUGUGUAACCACUGUCCACAUAGCUGAACUUCUGGUAUCAGGAAAAGUCUAUUUAAAUUUAUUACUGUCAAGACCAGUGUGGCACAUCUAACUUAACUGUGAAAGCAUACAUCCCACAAUCACCUUGCUGUGUGUCUGGCCUGGGUUUUGGUUUUUUUUCUUCUUUUUCUGUCUUUUGCAAUAGAGUCAAAGCUCAGGGCUAUUUAUUAGAGUAGACACAAAGGUUUUUGCUUCCAGUACUACACUGGGCUUUAUGGACUACUAAUGGGGAUGUGUGCUAACCUCAGUCAUCCCUCCCUUUGUGCUAUCUCUAGUAAAGGCUGAAUGUGACUGUGGUCGUUUUUGGGUUUUUUGUUUUUUUUUUUAAAUGCCCUGAUAAUCUGGGGCAAGCUUUCCUUCUUCCCUUUGGCCAAGGCAUAGAUUGUAUUUCUCUUCCUGGUCCCCCUCACCAGUGACAUGGGCUUUGGGUUAGGGAUUCAGGGUUCUUUUAAUCUCUUCCCUCUUCCCCUCUUUUUAGUGGGGGUGCUGCUUUCUUUUUGCCCCUCUUUGUGACUCGUCUCACCCCUGGCCGCCAGGGGUAAGCGCUGGGGCAAUAACUUGACCUGUUCCCUCCUGCUUAUCGUUUUGGGUUUGCAACAAAUUUAGUCUUCACCAGCCUGGGGAACAAGAGUAUCUAUUCUGCUCGCAAACUUGGAUUUUCCCUGUCCCUCGAGCACUGCUGCCACACCGCCAAGCUGGCCACGGCUGAUGUUGUUAGAGAGGCUUUUGACGUGGUGAAAAGAGCAGUAAUUUACCAGGAUUGCCGAAAUCUUCUGCUGCCAAACUUUAGUGGGGAAACUCUGCACGUAGAGGUUCUGAACACACACUCCAGCUCAAAUAGUUGUGUUUUGGUGCUUUGGAUUGACCCAAGAAUGUUAACUAACGAAUUGUUGCACUUACGUUUGGCCCUUCUAAAGAUGUGACGGCUACAGACAAAUCAAAUCAGUGUGGUAGAUUUCAUUAGGAUUCUGUAAGUCUUAGAAGAGAAAUCUCUUCAGUGAAGACUUUGGGGAAGUGGUUCAUACAGCAGAUUAAGGACCUUCGUUGGCUUUGCAUCCUGGCAAAUCACUGCCUUUUCUGGUUUACUGUUUCGGACCACUAACUGCUGAAAUGUGGAUGCAAGCUUACAUACAACCAACCUAGUGUGUCCUAAGUUUUAUGAAAAAUUCAGUGUUUGUGUAAAAAAAGGAAGAAAAAAAAAAAAAAGAAAAAAAUGAAAGUAAAAAUAAACACAUUUUGAAGCAGCAGCUGUCAAGUCAAUGAACAAUUGAUGUUUCCAUUAACUCUUUUGAGGAAAAUAUUAGUUGUAAGGAUUUAACAUCCGCUGUAAUUAAAGUUUAACAUAACAGUAUUCCAUAAGCAGCCUUUUUAUUGUAUCAGACCAUUGCCUGAUUUUAAUAUAAUAAAAAGUGUGCAUUAAUAUUAGAAGGCUUUAAUUGUAUUUAUGUUUAGAAUUCUGAUCCCUUAUGGAAUUCCUGAUUUGUUGGAAGUCUCUUCCUACAGAUCACAUUUAGCUAACAGUCUGUAAACUGGUGGCGAAAGGCAAUUGUCUUUAUCCAGCUGCUGCUGCUGUGCCAAGGAGAAUCUUUAGUUUUAGUUCAAACCCCAGACUCCCGUAGUCCUGGAAGUUGGUAACGUUACGUGAUGCUAAGGAACUGCUGAGAUGAAUUUGCAGGUACGUGUGCUGUCCGAAGGUGCUGUGUCGCUGCAGCGACCUUUAUGUGCUGUAGUCCUGAGGACGUCAAGUCCCCGUGCGGUGUGUGUUACGCUGUCCGUCGAGUUCAAGGAGGACUUCACAACCUGAAACGUUACCUCUUUUCCCUCAAGUAGCGAAGUGUAAAAAGCUCUGACCUUCUCUCAAAAUCUGGAUAAAAACGGGGCUGUGAAAUUUUGGCCUUUUCCAAGAGCAAAGCGUCUCCGCUUCCGAGGAUUGCCAGAAGGUACUCGCGCAUUCGCUGCAGCGUGGUGGUGGAACACGGUUCUUCCUGGGUUAGGAAUGAAAAAGGGAGUGACCGUUCGUGAGACACUGAAACGUGCUGCUGGCCCGGAACACUGCUCGGUCGCUGGGUAGCUCGGAGGGUAUCUAUGAAGACAAUGCAACUAAUACUUUGUCAGCAUCGUGCGUGCGUGCGUGUGUUUAUUUAAAACAGCUUGGUAUCUAAAGAUGUUAAAUGGGAAUUGGAACAAUGCUCGAUAAUUAUAGUGUGCUGCUUGAUUAUCUUUGUUUUUCAGAGCUGUUGCAAGAGCGCCCUUGCCCUGCUCGGGAUAUGUUUGGUGCAUGUCUGGGGCCUCCCCCAACCUUCGUACUUGGAGAAACAAUUUUAAAACCCUGAAACUGUUUUGCUUUGCAAGUCUCGCAGGUUAGGGCAUUCUGCUCUGACCUGGGCCGUGCCCCGCCGGGAGCUGUGCAGGCAGGAGCCGUGUGUUAACAACGUUUGCCAAACAAAGUUGGGAGGUGCUUUGAAAAAAAACGGUGUUCACUGUAAAUUUUCUCACCUAGGAGUUGCAGUCCUUGAGCGCGUCAGUGCUGCGACGCGCUGCUGUUCCGCUCAGCCAGGUAGGAGCGGUGCGGCAAAAUAACGCCCUGAGCGUCAGCUGCCCUUGAAUCUACGUGUUGUAGCUUUGCCAGUGUACACGACCUGUAAACCACGUAGUGGAAGGGACCGGUCCUCCCACAGCCUGGCUGCUUGCUGGUGCUUUGGAAAUGAGGUGCCGAAACAAAACUGUCUUACCUGUAUUUAUCCUGACUCUGGCAGCGUGAAGGCAAAGCGUUUAGUUGAUCCCCACUGACCCUUUGUUUAUGUCCUGAACCAGUGUCUCCUAAGAGAAAGAUAUGACGGGGUAACAAAUAAAAUAAGUGGAUUGGCUGUAAAAUAGACGCUGUUCCUGGAGCAGUGCUGCUGGAGGUGGCUGAAGCCGUGCGGCUGCGUUACUGCUUGCUGCAGGGGUGGUAUGAGCCAUCCUUGUACCUUCCAGUGCAGAAGCUGGAUGCUUCCAGUAAAGAAACCUCACCCACCAGUGCUUUCCGUGGGUCUGGUGCGAGCUUUUGACUCGGCUCAUAGUAUGGAGACGGUAGAGGGAGCUAGCAAGCUUCACAAGGCUUGGGUCUGAGUAAGGUGCAAACGCUGCUCAAUUUAAAUGUUAAGUUCUCUUGUGGGAACCACUUUUCAUAUUUAUCCUGAAUCAUUUUCAAUUUUAAAAGCCUGUUUAUUAUGGCUUUCUCACUGUACAGGCACUAACUUGCUAGGGGAAAAGCCAGCACCGCAGUGAGAUUUCAAUUGUUAAUAAAGACUAAUUGUUGUUUGCUUCUUGCUUUGUUGUAAUUAAGCUCUGUGUGUAUGUAGGCAGCAUACGUUUAAAUACGCCUUUUUCUGUACUGUUACAACUUCUUGCAGUGCUUUGGAUUUAAAACUUAAGUUGAUUCCGCUACUGUUAGAAUAAUUUUUAAGCCAAAAAAUGUCAUCAUCAGCUCCGCGAGACGCCAGUGCUGUCUGUGGUUCCCCUGGAGCCGCGCAAGGACGCGGCGCAGGAAGAGCAGCCGGUGAGCGCGGCGGUGCCCCUCGGUCUUGGGCCAACAGCCCGGCCGAAGGACGGGCUGCUCCGAACGCUUUAUCUUGGGGCUGCUUCAGAGCCGUGAUACCGGAGCUCCCUGCGGCACUACCCGGCAGAUGCGAUGCGGAGGGACUGAUAAGUUGUGCCAGUUUUAACAAGGGAAGCAAACGCAGCGGAGAUACGCCCUGGGACGCGCUCUUACCCCAUUGCCAGAUACCAGCCUUUGUAGUGUCUUGUGGAAUCGUAGGAGCCGUUUGUGGCUGACCUUGGUGUUUGUGGGAACUGGCCAUUAGGCGUUUGAGGUCAGUGCUUACCUACAGGACUGUGUGUCCUACAUCAAGAAGCAGUGCAGUGAAUUCAAUAUUUCUUUCAAGCUGGCACUGGCUUACGCUGAAACAAGGGAGUUCCAGUUCUGCACCUACCUGUAAAUAUGUGUCUGCUUAAAGCUCUGCCUACCUUCAGCUGCAAGAAGGUGAAGAGAAUUUGGUAGUGAUAAUAUCUAAAAUUUUUUACAUAUUGUUUUAUAUUUAAGAAGCUUUUUCUGAUGGCUUGGAGUUUUCCUAAGUCAGUGGAAAUUGCCAUAUUGCAUUUGUCUUUGGCUCGGGUGCUUUCCAAAAGCAUGCUAACCUCGCUGUUUACUAAGGUUCAGCUUCUCGUUUUCUCUGGUCUUGCUGUAGCAGAUCGCUGGAGAAUGUGCUUAACUUUUAAGCCUGUGAAGAGCCCCAGUGAAGUCAGAUUUAAGUUAGGCGCAUGUUUAAGUGCUUUGUUGGACCAAAGCCAGCACGCUCAGCCUCUGCUACGAAAGAGGCAGUUUUAGCCUUUAUUGAGCAUCUUCUUCCAGGUCCUCCCUUCUUGGUGCUACGUCCUUGGUGCUUGUGCCUUUACAUUUUCCCCCCGAUGUCUCCCACAUUUGUUGUAACAAACAAAAGCAAAGAGCAGAAGACGACGUGGAAGAUAAGGAGAUAAGCUAGAUUCUCAUAAUUUUAUAUCUGUCAAGCAUCCUGUCACCUUCAUCCUUAUCUCCUUUUAAAUAAAGCCUUCAAAGGGUUUUCAGAAA